GGGCCAGCUCAAAUUAAGGUAGGGUAGGUAUCGCAUCCAUGGCCACGGUGCGCCGACACUAGUAGACGCGUGGUGAUCCAGGGUCCUCAGCCGCAGGGCACUAUUCGAUAUGUGGAAGUGGUUUUGCCACAGGCAAUGCACCAGAAAGAGGCGGAUCAAGAACUAGGACCCGUUGAUAUCCACGCCCCAACUCACUGACGAUGGCCGGUUCUACUGUUUGGACGACAAUGAAAUGAAGGCAGAAGGUUUCCGUUUGUUUGUCAUGCGCGCGGGUCUGCUGUAGACGAACCAGACCUCAACAAGCCAGAUGUCUGUCCGUCUGCCCUGAAUGAUACAGUACGGUACCAAUGGGGGUGGUGCUAAACGAUGUUACCCUCGUCAACUUUACCGCCUGUUGGAUGGAUAUGUAUGAUUAUGAGGACCAAGUUUAGGGGCCCUGUACCUCUGAGCGUCGCGUCGCGUCGACAACUACCGGUAACGACUCUGUGUAGGAAGGAUACGGAGUUGGUCCGUAGGGUCAUCGUCGAUUCCUUUCGCGAUCCUUCUACCGAUGCGGACCGAUCUUGGAAAGAAUUAGAGACGCCAGGGAUACGGCACCAUAUUAAAUGUCGCAAAUGUAGACGGCGUCGUCCGCUUACUGGGCCGCGCGCUGGCCGUGGGGGGCAUCGCACCGCGUCUAGCCUGUAUGCCAGCAAUGCGAUGCGAUGCGAUAUGACUCUUCAAGAGACGACGUCGUCCAAACGGUAUCCUCUUCUGAUGCCCGUAGCCUGGGUCCCGACUCAUGCCGCCAGCUUGGAUGCGAGAUGCCUGUGUCAAGCAAGUUCCGGGCCGUUGCAGCGGCAGAAGCUUCCUGACAUGGAUGGUCUGGCUGCAAAACUGGAGACGGAGACAGACACCGGCUAUGGAAAACCGAUAGUUCCAAUAAAAGCUUCGGGGCUUCGAAAAAGUCUUCUGGAACGCGCCGAGAAGGGAGGCUGCGGAAUUGGCUGAAUCUGGGUCCAACUCUGCCGGGGCGACAACGAGAUCGUGCGCUUGUAGGGAAUCUGAUACGACAAAGAAUUUUUCUCUGCUUCCAACCUUGCGUUGGUGGUGAGAGAUGGAGACACGGCGAGGCCGGUUGGUGUUGAUGAGUGGUGACACUCCAUCCAAUCCAAGGUUCCAUUAGCAAGGGUGAUGUGGGUGUGGUUCGUGUAAACGGCGGGCACUCUAGCGCCGUU